AAUACAAAAGCCUACACGACAUUCCCCAUUGUCAUCGUCCAUUGUUGUUGUUGUAUCAUCAUGUGUCCUUUCAUUUUUAUUUUUCUCACACUUCCUACUCUCAAAUUUCCAUCAUCUCCUAACGUUUAAUUUUUUUUUUCUUCUUCACACAACCAAAAAUAAAAAACUGCCACUCUCCUGAAUUCUCCGCCGGAAACAACCUCGUACCCACUACAUCGCAAAAAGCUGGUUCCUCGUUCCAUUUCCGUUGUGUCUGUUAUUUUGUUAUUAUUAUUAUUAUUAUCAUUCUCCGUCGCCGUGGGACUAGUCGGGGGAGUAGCGUUUUUUUGACGAGGGUGGUGUUUGCUAACGUGAGCCGGGAGCGUAGGAUUAGGGGAACUUAAAUUAUUAAAAAAAAAAGAAACUGGUCGUUUUAUUUUUUAAUCUGGAACGUACACGUGUACGGCGAUGGAAGAGGAGACGAUGGUGACGUGGAGCACCUGGGAGGAGCUUCUCCUUGGUGGAGCGAUUUCCCGGCACGGAACCCGAGAUUGGACCGUCAUUGCCGCCGAACUCAAGACCCGAACCGUUUCACCAUGCAUUUUCACACCCGAGGUUUGUAAAGCCAAAUAUGAAGAGUUGAAUUUCCAGUAUCCUGGGGGGUGCACGUCUUGGUUCGAGGAGCUUAAGAAGAAAAGAGUGGCAGAGCUUAAGAGAGAUUUGAAGCAAUCUGAGGAAGUAAUUGGGUCCCUUGAGAUGAAGAUUGAAACCCUUAAGGCUGGAAGGGAUGAGAAAAGAGAUGAUUGCCAUGUUGACAAUGGCUCGGCUGAACCAGAGUUAAAUGUUCCUUCUCAUAAGUUGGAUAGAGUUAACGAUUCUCCAAAAGAGAUGUCAAAGGAUGGGUUAUCUGCAGGGAGUUUCACACAUGAAACUAAGACAAACUGGACUCAUGAAUGCCAGAUUCCGGCAACAUCUUGUGAAGAUGUGGCGACCAAGCCUGAAGCAUCAGGGUCCACUAAGCAGGAGAAAGUUUUGAAUGUAGAUAAGUUGGCUAACAUUGUAUAUCAAGAACAUGGAGGGUGUUUGAAAAAACCGAGAGGGAAGAGAAAGAGGAAGGAUUGUAGCAGAAGUAUUAACGAAGUAAGUGUAAGAGAAAGUGAUUUUUCAGCUGAUGUGUGUAAAGAAAGUUCUCUCAGCUACUGUGGCGAGAUUGUUAAAUCUUCUGGUGUGAAUGAGGAGAAUGCAAACUUGAAAACGGCUGGAAUAAAAGAUUUGAUGGAGCUCUUAGAUUCUUUUUUGGUAGUUCAAGGUGCUUCUGUCUUCACUUAUAAGCAUGAUAACCAGAAGCAAGGAAGAUACGAGAAAUUGAUCCGGCAGCAUGUGGAUUUUGACACCAUAAAGUCAAGAAUCCACAACGGAACAAUCAAGUCCGUGGUAGAACUUUUAAGAGACUUGCUACUCCUGAGCAACAAUGCUCUAGUGUUCUACUCCAAGAACACUCGUGAACACAAAACUGGUCUACAACUUAGAGACCUUGUCAUCAAAACAUUGACGGAGAAACUCGAGAGUUCUAGCACAUCACCUGUGGGUGAUCCUUCCGUGAAUGUCAUAAGCACACGUUCUAGCACAUCGUAUCUGCGUGAUUCUUCAGCUAGAGUCAGAAGCAUGCCUUCUACAUCGCCUGUACGUGAUUCGUCAGUGAAAGUCAGAAGCAUGCGCCCUGGUAACCGCAAGAUUGUUGCAAAGGUAGCUGGUGGCAGCAGCUCGGCUGAAAGGGUCUUAGUUGGAGCUAAGAAAGCUAACAAAGUAGAUACUAUACCAGCUGAAAGGGUCUCAGCUGCAGUUAAGAAAGCUAACAAAGUGGAUUCUCCACCUUCAGUGGAAUCCUUAAGCAUCAAGAAAGCUUGUGGUGGUAGAACAAGAACGGUUGGACAUGAAAGUGCAGUCAAGAGAAAUGCAACACCAAGGAAUGAUAGGAAAAGGAUAGCAAAGUGAGGGUUUGGCCCUCUUGAAGGGUCUCUGUACAAAGAAAACCCUUUCUUUUUGGUUUGCAUUCAGAAGGAUGAAGUUUCAUGCAAUCAGAAGGAACUGCACCAGGGAAAGUACUGGCUACUUCAAAUAUAUGAUAUUUAAGUAGUUUUACAAUUAUGAACUAAAAAAAGUUCUAAAUUAUAGUAACCAAUCUAGACAAAAUUUCAAACUAUAGUAGGUACUUCUGGUAAAUCUUUGGCAAGUUGUAAAUGCAAAUUUUGUUUUUACCAAAAGAGAAGUAUACUAAUUUAAAUCCACAGGAAGUUAUGAAUUAGCGUAUUACAACACACCAGGUCAUUAUUUUACUCCA